UUUUCCCCUUAUUUUAAAGAGAAGUCAGGGGAGAUAAAAGUGGGUGGCAGGGGAGACCACAUCUCCACGGCGUGUGAGACUCCUCGGCUACGUGCUGUAGCCAGCAUGCCUUUGUUCCCGCUUUCCAUCCUAUGUCUCAUCGCCCAAACUCCAGCAACAGCCAUAAAACAAACUCCAGAAUUAGAGCUCUAUGAAGUAGUUCGUCCUAAAAAACUAUACAUUUUACAUAAAAGAGAGACACAGAACAACCAGACGGAGAAGCAUGGCAAGGAGGAAAGAUAUGCACCUGAACUUCAGUAUCAAAUUAUAUUAAAAGGAGAAGAAAUCAUCCUUUGCCUACAGAAAAACAGGCAUAUUGGGCCAGAUUACACUGAAACAUAUUACUCACACAAAGGAGAAGAAAUCACUACAAGCCCGCAGAAUAUGGAACACUGCUACUAUAAAGGACACAUCCUAAAGGAAAAGGAUUCUGUAGCCAGCAUUAGUACCUGCAAGGGGUUGAGGGGAUACUUCACUCAUCAUGGUCAGAGAUAUAUGAUAAAGCCUCUGAAAAGUACAGACCAAGAAGAUCAUGCCGUCCUCACCCAUAACCAGGAGGAGCUAGAAACAGCUGAUCGCACUUGUGGUGUAAGAAAUGUUGGCAGGAAACAAGGACUUCUUCGAACCUCCAGGUCACUCAAUAACCCAGAGCACGAACGCUUUCUUCGGGCUAAGAAGUACAUUGAUCUCUUUUUGGUGCUGGAUAACGCCUUUUAUAACAUCUCUAAGGGAAAUCUAACUUUGAUAAGAAGCUUUUUGUUUGAUGUGGUGAACCUACUCAAUGUGAUUUAUAACACCAUAGAUAUUCAAGUGGCCUUGGUAGGUAUGGAAAUCUGGUCUGACGGUGAUAAGAUAGCGGUGGUACCCCAAACAGGUGUUACCUUUAACAACUUUCUGAGUUGGCAUCGUUCUAACCUGCGGAAAAUGAGGAGCCAUGAUCAUGCUCAGCUACUCAGUGGAAUCGGCUUCAACAACCGACAUGUAGGAAUGGCGGCCUCAAACUCCUUGUGUUCUCCAUCGUCAGUUGCUGUUAUUGAGGCUAAUAAAAAAAAUAACGUGGCUCUUGUAGGAGUGAUGUCCCAUGAGCUGGGUCAUGUCCUUGGCAUGCCUGAUGUGCCAUAUUACACCAAAUGUCCCUCCGGGAGCUGUGUGAUGAAUCAGUAUCUGAGUUCAAGAUUUCCAAAGGAUUUCAGUGUAUCUUGCCGCUUACAUUUUGAAAAAUAUAUUUUAUCUCAAAAACCAAAGUGCCUACUGCAAGCACCGAUUCCUAAAAAUAUAAUAACAAAACCAGUGUGUGGGAACCAACUUCUGGAAGUAGGAGAAGACUGUGAUUGCGGCUCCCCUAAGGUAUAAAAAUAUCUAUAGUUU